AUAAUCACCUAAAUUAAAUUAAUUAAAAAAUUGUCCAGGACACGUGUUAUGUGAACAUUAUGAAACAAAUAAGCACUCUUUAAAUAAAUAUGGCUGUAAGGAUUUUUAAAUAGAAUAGUUCUGCAAACAUUUCACAACUGAACAACAACCAAAUUAACAAUUAUCAUAUUUAUUGACUUUAUUAUUAAUGUUAAAAUUAUUGAUAAUAGUUAACGCAUGCGCAUGUUGAUUCAGGUAUGAAACGUCCCUCAACGCUCGCCGCACAACCGCAACCUGGAAAUCACGCACGCGUGUGGGGAAGACGAAACGUGAAGUGGCAUAAGUUUCUUACGGAUUGCUAUGCUGCAUCCGUUUAAACGUCUGCAAAGGGGGAUUUACAAGAAACUUUUGCUCCACUUAGGCAGUCCUGGAGUUUCCACAUAGCCUAAGAAGUAACGUUAAUUAAGACAUUUCUAUGGAUCUGACACUUUGGGACAUCUAGCGAUUUAGUAGGAGUAACUUAUUAUAUUGCCAUUCUUCAAUAAGCGAUUGAGAUGCAGGGUGACCCUGUUUAUGACUACCCUGAAAUUAAGGCUGUGGGAGACAGGCGGGCGUGUCUACAGAGAGGAUCAUUGAAGAGCAUCAGUGUAUUGGACCGACUCUUGCUCACUCACCCCGUGUGGCUUCAGCUGUCCAUAAACUCAGCAACAGCUUUACACAUCCUGCAACGUGAGCCCCCCGGGACCUUCCUGGUGAGAAAGUCCAGUACAUCGCAGAGAAAAAUGCUGUGCGUUCGACUGGCAGAUGACAGCAUGCCAUCUUUCUUUAAACAGUUUCUCAUCCAAGAAGAGGACUCUGCCUUUUCUUUAGAAAGCUCAGCUAUCAAUUUCCCAGACCUGUGCAGACUCAUUGCCUUCUACUGCGUGAGCCGGGAUGUCCUUCCAUUCACCCUGGAGCUGCCUGACGCCAUAGCCAGGGCUUCCUCACAGAAACAACUAGAGUCAAUCUCUCACAUGGGUGUGGAGUUCUGGAGUUCACACUUAAAUGUUCGUGGUCCUCGUAAUGGACCUCCCGUCGCUGACAAACCGCUCCCCCCACUUCCGAACCCACAAGACUGCUCCACACCCAGUAACGCAAACCCCACCCCAUUCCAGGAGCUGUGUCCUAUUAAAACAAGGGGUCCCCAUGAAUUGAAUUAUGGUGGAGGGAAGGGUUUGUGUUUCAUCAAUCCUCUUUUUCUAGAAGACUACCCCGGUCGUAGCGCCAUCAGCAGGCGUCAUCACUUCAAAUCCAGCCUGAAGGUUCGUGUUUCGACUGAGCAUUCUAGCCCCCUAUCACCACCUGUUCUCCCUCCCCCUCCACCACCAUUACUGGCUAAAGCCAAAUGCAAAGCAAGAUUAAAAGCUGCAAAGCAGAUGACCCCACCUGUUGCAGUUCAAGUGAGCGAGAAGACAGAAACUGCCGACUACCUGCAACCUUGUGUGGUAUUACGGAAAACGGCCUCCCCUGUAGGCAUACCUACUCUUUCACCUACUGCUGAGGAAGACUACCAAUGCCCUAAAGCAUUUCAGAAGGCCCACCCAGAAACCCUGGAGCAGAAAAGACAGGAGGAAGAAGAUGAAGAGGACGAAGGGCUGGUGCUGGAACAGCGACACGCGCCAUCCCUUAGUGAGCUGGACAGCAGCAGUUCCCUCAGUAGCCUCGACGAGCCAGAGGAAAGUCCAGAGCGUCCUUCUCUCACACGAGGCACAAGCAAUCCCAUCAUGCCCUGUCGAUCACCACCCCGCAGGUCAAUUUCUGCCCUCCGCAAAAUGAGCGCCGCCUUCAUGUCUUUCUUCGUGCCGGAGAAGCGCUUGACGCGGAUGGUUGAGGACCUGUCUCGUGACCGCCGCAUGGCGUUCGGCGCCCUCGUCCAGGAUUUUCUGAGGCAGCAGAGAGAGACGUUAAAGCGCCAGCGCUUGACCUUUGCCGUACAGCUACUUCAAGAUCUGCGCCUCUUCAUUAAUCAGGCCAAGGCGUUCCUGCAGGAGUGCGGAGAGCUUGAACCGCCCAUAGAGACUCUCCUGCCUGAAAAUGAGAAAGACCAAGCCCUGGAGAAAGCCAUGUUUCGCUGUGUGCUGAAGCCCCUGAAGCCUCAGAUCGAUGCAGCACUGAAGACCCUACACAAACAAGACGGUUCCUUCCAAAGAAUGGAAGACAGCUUGCAAAGAGCUAAAGGAGAAUCGCCACAAAAGCUCUUCGGGGUGCGGGUGAGCGUACCCGACCCCCAGGGCAUUGAGAAAAUUAAGCACAAGCUAACCCUAAUGCAGCGGGCUUACUCACCCAUCGACAAAGUGCUGCUGCUUUUGCAAAUCUGCAAGCUUAUUUACAAAGCCAUGAAGAACAAAUCAGGUCAAGAGUUUGGAGCAGAUGACUUCCUGCCUGCUCUUUCCUACGUGAUGGUGUUAUGCAACAUGCCGGAGAUCUCUCUGGAAGUGGAGUACAUGAUGGAGCUUCUGGAAGGCUCUUGGCUUACAGGAGAAGGGGGUUACUAUCUGACAAGUCUCUAUGCUAGUUUGAGCCUGAUCCAGAGUCAACCAGAGGCUGUGCCACCAUGUGGCCUUACGAUCCAGGCCAGAGAGUCUCUUAAGGAAUGGAGUCGGCGUAGGAGCAACGAAACAAAUCACAAGGAAAACAAACUGCACCAGAAAUUUGUAAAGGUGCUGUUUCAAGAUGGAGAGAGUAGUAUGGUAAAAACUCUGAUGUGGAGGACUGGGGUCAGUGGUGAGGACAUGGCUCAGCUCUGUGCUGUGAAGUUUGCGGUGGACCGGCCCGAGGAUUACAGCCUAUACUGGAGAAAAGACGGACAGUUGAUACCUCUACCACUUAAUGCCCGGUUUCAAGACGUGCAGAGCAUGAGUGCAAGCGGGGUUCCCCUUAUCUAUCAGGCAUACAAUCAGGAUGAAAGAUCCCAGAAACUGACCAGAGGAGGUGCAGUGCAUCUCACAGAAAAUACUUUCUAAUAUCUGACUUUUGUGAGAGGUCAUAUGUGUCUUUUUUGUCUAAAAAGCAUGAGCAGUUUACAAUGAAUCACUUUUGCUUUAAAGGGAUAGUUCGCCCAAAAAUGAAAAUUACCUCAUGAUUUACUCACCCUCAAGCCAUCAGAGAUACAUUUGUCCAUCAUCUUUCAGACAAGCACAUUUGGAGUUAUUUUAGGAAAUGUGUCCUUCCAAGCUAUAUAAUGGUAGAAAACAGGGAUCACGGAAUAACUUCUGACUUUAAACCCCGCAAAAAGUGCAUCCAUCCUUCACAGAGGUAAUUCAAAUGGCUCCAAGUGGUUAAAGGGACAGUAGGAGUUUCUCAAUGUCAAGGAAGGAUCCUCGGAAGCCAGAAUUUCAAGAAUGCUACGUCAUUGACGUCUGUCGAAGGACUGUUCCAAUGUUGGGGAUCCUCGGUAUUUCAGCCAAGGACUGUGUCCUUCGUUCGAGAAAUAUCCCAUAUACAGGAAAGGAUGCAUAUGUGUAUCCUUCGCGCGCUGAAAUCACCCACAAUCCUAUGCGCGCAGCGCCGAAAGAACAGCUUUCAUUGAUGCAACAGUGAUCCGGCCAGGAUAUAGUCAUUUAAAAAGUGGAGUUGCAGCCCUCAACUGAUGUUUAUGUUGUCAUGUUGUGUAUUGGCCACCAGUUGUGUGAUUGCAGUACCAGUUUCGGCCACAAUCCUACAUACUGUUUCUUGUGAUCUUCUGUAGGUAAUCAAUAAGAUUUUUAUA